AUGACAAUCGCAUCGGAGCUGCCCGAAGACUGGGCCCGGGAAACCGCUGCUUCCGGACCGCCCAGCUUCGACUUUGGCUUUGAUACAGAGGAGUUCAGCGACCGCAUCCUGCGCUUGCAGUUUGAAGAUACAGACGCUGGCGAGCCAGAAGGUUCCGGCCGCCAGGUGUACGAAACGCGCCGCUCACGGCGGAAGCUGGAGGGCGGCAGAGACGACCGCGAGUCAGAGGGGUCGACCAGAAGUGCGACGACGCCCGGUCGUGACAUCAAAGUGAACAGCCUCAUUCUGGCGGCCCGUAGCGACUUCUUCCGUACGAUGCUCCUAAGCGGGAUGCGCGAGGCUGGGCGGGACAAACCCACGAUCGUGCUCAAGAUUGCCAAGGAUGGUUCUCGAGAUUGGAUUGUCGAUAGUGUAUGUCUGGUGACAAAAGCCAGUGAUUGUGCUCAGGAUCGUCAAGGACGACGAGGCUGCAAUCGUGACGAUGCUCCGCUUCAUGUACUCCGGAGCACUUCCGCCGGAACCCGUCCCCAACAGCGACGUUCUCCUCAAGCAACUCCUCAUUGGCGACAAGACGUGGCAGCAACGUGGAAGGGCGACGAAUUCCUGGCCCUGUCACGGGCCACGGUCGCCUUUCUGCUCCAUUCGGAACUACUAGAGGCGCCGAGUGAGGCUGAGAUGUUCGACGGCGUUUUGAGAUGGGUUAGCCACAUGCCCGGAGGUACGGAAAGAAAAGCGCACGUGAUGUCAGACCUGUCGAAGCACAUACGCUAUCGGAUGAUAGGCGGGGAGAAGCUCCGGGCAAUGAUCGGUCUGGAUUUAAUGCAACUCUCGAAGGAGAUUGUAAUGGACGCAGUGUGGUUCCGGUCGAUGACGGACGAAGAGAAGGCGCGCGCAGCGGCGGAAUCCGGCGGAAAAGCUCAGUUCCGGGAACGGGAGAGGGUCUCCUCGUUCCACAACUUUCUGGAGUUUCCUUUCCUAGCGUCGCAACUGAGAGAAAACACCGACGUGUACUCUGACGUCGGUCUAGAUGUCCGGGGUACGUUCUGGCAGUUGCGGGUGCAAGUCAUGGACCCCGAGGGCGAGGACGAAAAGGUUGGGGUGUUUUUGAAUCCGACGAGCACGAUCCACGUGGACGAACCGGAUUGGGAGAGGGAGAUGCGGUUCGAUCUGGGGGUCAAAGUUUGGCCGUCGGGGUGGAGAGUCCAAGUGGAUCCAAUGCAUGCGCAAACGUUCAAAGAAAUAGACGAAGGGUGGGGCAGGGGGGAUGCCUUUGAUGGGCUGACCGUCGAAGAGCUUCUCAAGUCGAAGUGGGUCAGUAGAGAAGGAAUUAUGACGAUCAGCACCUAUUUCCGGCCGGCUUAGCAGAGCAGAAGCUUGAGAUCACCUAAAAUCCCUCUUGUUGAGUUGAAGUAAGAUACACCACUUCGGAGAGUAAACUUAAACCGCCGCCGAUUGUCAGAUGGAUGAUUCAACUAUCAUAUAUUCGCUCUCAUCAUGUGGGAUUG